AUGGGAUCUUGCCUUAUGCUUCGGUUUGUGAUUCCCAGAAGAUUUGCAGGAUGUCACGGCCUUGCAUCUUCCAAACUCCAGUGGUGCUUGUGUCUGCUGACCCUUACAUCUCUUCUGCAGCAGGUCUGGACAGUCCCCUACAAUAUGGGGGUUGUAGGCCCUUGGACUUGUGAUCCAUUGUUCUCAAAGGCUUUGCCUGAGGUUGCUGCUCGACUAGCAAUUGAACGAAUCAAUCGGGAUCCUUGCUUUGACCUCGGUUACUCUUUUGACUAUGUUAUUCUCAAUGAAGACUGGCAGACUUCAAAGGCUCUCUCCAGUUUCAUUUCCCACCACCAGAUGGCCUCAGGAUUUAUUGGACCUGCCAACCCUGGCUACUGCGAGGCAGCCUCGCUCCUGGGAAACAGCUGGGACAAAGAGAUUUUCUCUUGGGCUUGUGUGAAUUAUGAAUUAGACAAUAAAAACAGCUACCAGACCUUUUCUCUGACACUCCCUGUUCCCAUUCGGGUACUCGUAACUGUCAUGAAAUAUUUCCAGUGGGCUCACGCUGGAAUCAUUUCCUCAGAUGAAGAUAUUUGGGUGCACACAGCCUAUCGAGUCGCAAGUGCUCUUCGGAGCCACGGCCUACCUGUAGGGGUCGUCCUGACCGCAGGACAAGACAGCCAAAGCAUUCGGAAAGCUCUCCAGCAGAUUCGCCAGGCAGACAGAAUUCGCAGUGGAGGAUUAGGAGUAGGGGUGGUUUCUGGUUCCACAGUCACCAUCUUAGAUCGAUCUGAUGGCACCAUCUUAGAUCCAUCUGAUCGCACCUCUAUUUUUUCAUCAGUGUCUGUUUCACCACUGUUUAGAACCAUCUACAAUUCAAUUUACUUUAUUGCACAAGCCACGAAUAAUGCUGUGAAAGAAAAUGGACGGGCUAGUGCUGCCAAGCUGGUUCAGCAUUCCAGAAACAUGCACUUCUAUGGAUUCAACCAGUUGAUAAGGACAGAUUCAAAUGGAAAUGGAAUUUCAGAAUAUGUAAUCCUGGAUACCAACAGGAAAGAAUGGGAACUCCAUAGCACCUACACUGUGGACAUGGAAACGGAGCUCCUACAGUUUCAAGGGAUCCCUAUUCACCUCCCUGGUGGCAGGCCCCCUAGAGCAGAUGCAAAAUCCUGGUUUACAGAAGGGAAGAUCUGCCAAGGAGGCAUCAACCCUGCCUUUGCCAUGAUGGUCUGCCUUGCUUUGUUUAUGGCCCUGCUAUUUAUUAGUGGAUUUGCUUACUUUAUAAGGCAUCGUAUAAAUAAAAUCCAGUUGAUUAAAGGACCCAACAAUUUACUAACGUUGGAGGAUGUAACAUUUAUUAAUCCCCACUCUGGCAGUAAGAGAGCAAGUUGUGCCAGUGUAAGCUUCCAGAUCAUCUCCAAGAUUCAAAGUGGGAGGUUCCCAAGGCCCUCUUUCUCUUCGGGGAGUCUAACUCCAGCUACCUAUGAAAAUUCCAACAUACAAUUUAUGAGGUAAAAUGGCAACUGGGUGUGGUUGAAAAAGUUCCCCCCUGGAGAUUUUGGAGACAUUAAGUUCAUCAAAUUAAGUGCAAGUGAUGUGUUUGAAAUGAUGAAAGACCUGCAGCAUGAGAAUAUUAACCCUUUAUUGGGCUUCUUCUAUGAUUCAGGGAUGUUUGCUAUUGUGACAGAAUUCUGUUCCCGAAGGAGCCUAGAAGACAUACAUCAGUAUGGAUAUAAUAAUAAGGAUGUGAAACUUGAUUGGAUGUUUAAAUCAUCACUCCUUCUGGAUCUCAUCAAGGGCAUAAAAUACUUACACCACAGAGAAUUUGUUCAUGGGAGACUAAAAUCUUGGAACUGUGUGGUAGAUGGGCGUUUUGUACUAAAAAUGACAGGUUAUGGCUUUAAUGACAUCUUAGAAAUGCUAAGACCCUCCGAAGAGGAACCUUCUGCAGAAGAUAAGCAAUGAAUUUUGCUUUGGACAGCCCCUGAAUUGUUGAGAGCCCCAAGGGGCAGCAGAUUAGGUUCUUCUGCAGGAGACAUCUAUAGUUUUGCCAUUAUCAUCCAAGAAGUGAUGGUCUGAGGCACCCCAUUCUGCAUGAUGGAUCUGCCUGCCAAAGAAAUCAUAAAGAAGCUUAAGAAGCCUCCUCCUGUAUACAGACCAGUGGUUUCUCCUGAGUAUGCCCCUUCAGAAUGUCUGCAGCUGAUGAAGCAGUGCUGGGCUGAGGCUGCAGAACAAGGGCCAACUUUUGAUGACAUAUUUAAUCAGUUUAAAACUUUCAAUAAAGGGAAGAAUACUAAUGUCAUUGAUUCUAUGCUUCAGAUGUUGGAGCAAUAUUCUAGCAACUUGGAAGAUUUGAUCCAGGAGUGGACUGAAGAGCUAGAAAUUGAAAAACAGAAAACAGAAAAGCUUCUAACACAGAUGCUACCGCCAUAUGUGCGAACACCCGAGGAAUCAGUUGCUGAAUCCCUCAAAAAGGGCUGCACAGUUGAACCUGAAGGCUUUGACUUGGUCACAUUAUACUUCAGUGACAUUGUGGGCUUCACCACCAUCUCAGCCUUGAGUGAGCCUAUUGAGGUAGUUGAUCUUCUAAACGAAAUCUACACACUCUUUGAUGCAAUCAUUGGCAGUCAUGAUGUCUACAAGGUAGAGACCAUUGGAGAUGCCUACAUGGUGGCUUCAGGACUCCCAAAGAGGAAUGCUAGUAGGCAUGCAGCUGAGAUUGCAAACAUGUCCCUGGAUAUCCUGAGCUCUGUGGGCACCUUCAAGAUGCGGCAUAUGCCAGAGGUGCCAGUCCGAAUUCAAAUGGGCCUGCACUCAGGGCCAGUUGUUGCUGGAGUGGUGGGCCUCACUAUGCCCAGAUACUGCUUGUUUGGAGAUACUGUGAACACAGCUUCUUGGAUGAAAUCAGUGGGGUUACCUUAUCACAUUCAUGUCAGUCUUAGCCCUGUUACAAUUCUUCGAACUCUGAGUGAGGGCUAUGAAGUAGAGCUUUGAGGCAGAAUAGAGCUCAAGGGCAAAGGCACAGAGGGGACCUUCUGGCUGGUGGGAAAAAAAAGCUUCACAAAGUCCCUACCUGUGCCUCCACCAGUGGGAAAAGAUGGGCAAUUGGGUCAUGGCCUGCAACCAGCAGAGAUUGCAGCAUUCCAAAGAAGCAAAGCAGAAAGGCAAUUGGUGAGAAACAAGCCAUAA